CAUGAACCGGAUGAGACAAUUUCGAAGAUCGGUGUACAUUCUGGCCAGAAGCAGGAGCCAACACGAUGGCGACGUUGUUGUCAGUUGGUCGAUAGCCGUCACAAUGUCACGGAUAUCAAGUUUUCACCGCGAUACCUUGGACUGAUGUUG